AUUUAUUUUUAUUUUUUCUUUCUGUCUGAAAGGCCGGAAAACAAAGAAGACGACCUGAUUUGAAACACUAAACCCAAAUUCUGCUCACGAAUGUUCAACUAACGCGAGGUGUUGGCAUUGGAAGAAAAAAUGGAUAAUAAAUGGUAUAGUGGCAAACAGGAGAUGCACAAUAAAAGGCAAUUGAAAAAAGAUGAGGAAUAUGAUGCUGCUGUUCUUGAGAAUCUUGCCGAGGACUUCCGUCUACCAAUUGAUCAUAGAGUUACAGAUAAUUUGGAUUUGAAUAAUGUGGAGCAAGCAUCAUUAGACACAAAGUUGACUUCAUCUAAUGUUGGAUUCAGGCUACUACAGAAGAUGGGAUGGAAAGGAAAAGGGCUUGGGAAGGAUGAACAAGGCAUUACCGAGCCAAUAAAAUCUGGAAUAAGGGAUGCAAGAUUAGGGCUUGGUAAACAAGAGGAAGAUGAUUACUUUACAUCUGAAGAAAAUAUCCAACGAAAAAAAUUGGAUAUUGAAGUUGAAGAGACUGAUGAACUUUUGAAAAAGAGGGAGGUUAUAGCAGAACGCGAACAAAAAAUUCAGAGUGAGGUUAAAGAAAUUCGAAAGGUGUUCUAUUGUGAGCUCUGCAACAAGCAGUAUAAAUUGGCGAUGGAGUUCGAAGCUCAUCUGAGUUCAUAUGAUCACAACCACAGAAAGAGGUUCAAACAAAUGAGAGAUAUGCAUGGUAGCAGCAGUCGUGAUGAUAGGCAGAAAAGAGAACAACAACGUCAAGAAAAGGAGAUGGCAAAAUUUAUGCAGAUGGCUGGUGCUCGUCGGCAGCAACAGCAGCUACAGGUGCAGAGUCAGGAGGAAGCUGGAAGUGCUCCUGCUUCUACUCCUACUCCAACUCCAAACCCUACUCCAACUCCAGCAGCUAGUAGUGCUACAGUAGUUGUAGACCAAGAUCAGCGAAAAGCUUUGAAGUUCGGAUUUUCUGCAAAAGGCAGUACUGUGAAGAGCUCGGGUGGCAACACAACAAAGAAGGCAAAGGUAGUGGUAGCCUCAGUUUUUAGUAAUGAGAGUGAUGAAGAUUAAUAUCGGAGAAAAGUGAGUGGCAUGAUGAUGUAUGUUAAUUGUUUUUGGACAGUUUCUGUUCUUAUUAUUAUCAGCAACAGUUAGCAGCAUUUUUAUUGCUAUCUCGACCUCUGUAUGUGUCCAAUCUGUUUUAGUUUCAUUAUAUAUUUAUUAUUUUCAUUAUCAAUAAUGAUUGAUUAAUUGUUGUAUUAUUUUCAAAGGGAUACCACUAAUGUGAGUCAUUAUCACUUGCCUCUGUUUGUUUAUAUCAUCUUGAAGUUAUUUUUCUAUUAAA